UAUAAGCUUUGUAACUCGCCAGCACCCUGGCUAUGUUUGUCCCGCGGUAUUCCAGACAUAAUGUUGCUUGGUCUCGUCUCGGGGUCCACCCCGUAAGAACCCUCACGAAGUUCAGCUUGAAGCCGAAAAAGUCUUUGGCGGAGAAGGAGGAAAAGAGGUCUGUGCAUCCAACAUCUCCCGCCAGAACCCGUUUCGCGCCCUCCCCCACGGGCCACUUGCAUCUAGGCUCCUUGAGAACCGCGUUGUACAACUACCUACUCGCAAAGAGCACCGGCGGCGAGUUCCUCCUCAGGUUGGAGGACACGGACCAGAAACGGCUCGUGCCGGGUGCUGAGAAAAACAUCUACGAGAGUUUAGAAUGGUGCGGUUUGGAGGUUACCGAGGGCCCCAUGACCAAAGCCCAGCCCUACGGCCCAUACAGACAGUCUGAUAGGGCGGAUAUCUACAGGCAAUACUCGUCAAAACUCUUGGACUCCGGUCACGCGUACCGCUGUUUUUGUCCCAAGGAACGCCUCGACUCGUUGCGGGAAUCUGCUGCAAAGAUACAGCCGCCCACCAAUGCCUCCUACGACCGCCACUGUUCCCAUAUCCUGGCUGAAGCGAGCCGUGCAAGAGCAGAAAAGGAAUCCUUCACCAUCAGAUUGAAGGCUCCAGAGGUCUAUCCGCCGUUUGAAGACCUUCUCCACGGAAAGCUCAACUUGCAGCCGCAGGUAAACCUCAACGACAGACGGUACGACGACCCGGUUUUGGUCAAGUCCGACGGGCUUCCGACCUACCAUUUGGCCAAUGUCAUCGACGACAGCCUCAUGAAGAUCACCCACGUGGUUAGGGGUGAAGAAUGGUUGCCGUCCACGCCGAAACACAUUGCGAUCUACAGCGCACUUGGUUGGAAACCGCCGCAGUUUGUCCAUAUCCCGUUGUUAACUUCUACCGCUGACAAAAAGUUGUCGAAGCGAUCGGGGGACACGGGCGUGUGGACCAUGAAGCAGCGUGGCGUCCUACCCGAAGCGCUCGUGAAUUUUGCGGCCUUGUUUGGCUGGGCUCCCGUCAAGGCCAGCGCCAAGGGAGUGAGUGUGAGCGAGAUCCUCAGUCUCGAAGAGAUGGCGAAGGUGUUUUCGCUUGACGAUUUAACCAAGGGAAAUGCCAAGGUUGACGACAAAAAGUUGAACUUCUUCAAUAAAUACUAUCUCGGGUGUCGCCUCAAGAACCCAACACAGCUCCUGGUGUUGGUAGAGGAGUAUUUUGCUGAGUACCUGAAAUUGUACCCCAAUUUCACGAAAGCCAAGUUCUCCACUGUUUUGGCAAAGGCUGGGCCUAGUUUGACGUUUGUCCCAGAGUUGAAGGGACAUGCGUAUUUGUUCACUGAACCCGACUUGGCCGGCCCAGAGGCCAUCGAGUUCUUGCAAAAGCACGACAUCCUGACGGUGCUCCGCGUGUUGACAUUGCUUGUGAAAUAUAACUGUUUCAACGAUUUCAAUUCUGCAGUUGCGGAAGUGCUUGAAAAGGAUGGUAGUGUCAACAAAAAAUAUGUGUUUGAGUCGUUCAGAUAUGCCGUUUCGGGAUCCAUUCCGGGUGUGAAGAUCCCGCACUUGAUGGAGAUUAUGGGCGAGGAAACAGUGAACCAAAGGCUUACUGCCGCGAUUCGCAUGUUAGGAGGAUGAUAAACUACGUGAAAUUUCACGCGCUCUGUAUAUAGAUAAUAGAUAUGAUAAGCGCUGCUCGAAUGUCGUCUGGGUAUUUCUGUGGGUGG